AUGUCUAAGUUUUUCGUUGCUUUGCAAAUUUUCGGUGUACUGAUGGCAUUGGCAGUCGCAUUCCCAGUUGAUUCGGUUGGACAACGUCAAGGCAAACAAUAUGGCGGUGGAUUUGGUGGACCUGGAGGUUUUCAACAAGGAGGCUUCGGUCAAGGUGGAUACGGUGGUGGCAACUAUGGAGGUGGUAUUAACCAUGGUGUAGGCGGAUAUGGUCCAGGAGGUUAUGGAGGUGUUCCUGGACAUUAUGGAGGUGGUCCUGGUGGUCAUUAUGGAGGUGGCAACAAUUACGGACCUGGUAUUGGCCAAGGAUUUGGAGGACAAGGCAAUGGCUUUGGUGGUGGUCCCGCUUAUGGAGGUGGAUUUGGUGGAAACUACCGCCAACCUUACAACAGACACAGGGGUUGA